CUUCUCUCUAAAAAAAAAUACACUCUCUGCAAAAAAAAAAAAAAAAAAAAAAAAAAAAACACUCUUUGCCAAUUCUUCUUCCAUUUUAAUCUCAGCUAAAUGCCUAAAGGGCAACCAGCAGCGUGCUCUCUUGUGUGGUGUGAGCAUGGAUACCCAACCGACUCUUCAGAAGACAAGAGUAUCCACUUCCAUAUUAGAAGUUACCAUAGAAUGUCCUACACAUGUUCUGUUAGAGAUGUCUCGGUCGAGUAUAUUCGGAACAAUGAAGGGCUAUUUGUGUGUGAGUGUUGGCCGAAAUGGACGUGUAAACCAGGAGAUACUUUGCGCAGUCAUGUCAGAAAAUGUGCGGCUAUUAAUGCGCUUGUCGAUGUGGUCCUCAAGACUUCGGUGUCUUUAGUAGAUGCCCAUCUAAAAAUCUACUUACCCAAAGAGCCGAAAGAGCCACAGAGCCAGUUCCAAGAGCACUCCAGCCUUCCGCCGUCUAGUAAACCAAAUAAAAAAAGAAAUAGGGAAGAGACAAAUCGCCUACAGCAGCUACCGCGCCUAGAGCACUCAGAAGACGGCAGAAAGACGAAAGAAGAGCCCACGUUAAUAAGAUUACAGCAAUUCUUAGAGGAAAGAGACAAACGUUUGGAAAAACGUUUAGAGGAAAGAGACAAACGUUUGGAAAAACGUUCAGAGGAAAGAGACAAACGUUUGGAAAAAUAUUUAGAGGAAAAGGAAAAACGUUCCGAGGAAAGAGAAAUGCGUGCAGAGCAAAGAGUGAUUCAGAUGGAAGAGAUAGUUAGAGGCAUAUCAAACAAUUCAGCCGCCUGGGAAGACAAGUUUGAGAAGCUUAACGCAAUUAUCGAAAGAAAAGGCUCGGGCAGAUCAUAUGCAAGAGCAACUAACAGCACUAUUAUUGUCAAGGUCACAGCUUCCAUCAUCACAAAAGCCGCCAUCAUCAGUGAAACCACCACCAUAUCUGGAGUCCUCGCCAUCAUCAUCCAAGAAACUGUACAACCCUUAUCAAAAAAGGAUGAUAGACGCAGACACAAACCAAUCGAUCUCGACGUUUUUCAAGCGUCAUAGACCAGAGAAUGAUAGGGACAGUAAGCCAGAGAACGAUAAUCCAGAGAACGACAACCCAGAGAACGACAGCCCAGAGAACGACAACCCAGAGAACGACAACCCAGAGAACGACAACCCAGAGAACGAC